GCGCUGCCCUUGGGGCGAGGGGAGGAGAGGCUUUUCUGGGGCUACGUCAAAGAAGAACUUGCAUUCCUUGAGAACGAUGCUCCCAGACCUUAGGGAGAAGGGUGGAGCCCCUAGAUGGGCUGCGGAGUCACCCUGCCACAAGAUUCGGGGAUCCGCCCGGCUAGCGGGAGUGGGACUGCUGAUUGCCCUCCUGAGCGCACUUGGCUGCUGCUCCCAGGCCCCAGGUCUGAGCAUGGCAGAAGGGAACACCUUGGUCUCAGUGGAUUAUGAAAUUUUUGGGAAGGUUCAAAGGGUGUUUUUCCGCAAGUACACUCAGGCUGAGGGCAAAAAGCUAGGUUUGGUAGGCUGGGUCCAGAACACCGAUCGGGGCACCGUGCAAGGACAGCUGCAAGGCCCCAUCUCCAAGGUGCGGAGCAUGCAGGAAUGGCUGGAGAAGACAGGAAGUCCCAAAUCCCACAUCGACAGAGCGAACUUCAACAAUGAGAAAGUCAUCUCAAAGCUGGAUUAUUCAGAUUUCCAAAUUGUAAAAUAAUGACCUGAAUUUAAUGUUUUCAAAAUUAUCUCCCUCCUUUUUUUUUAAUGAUAAAGCACUCUUCUGUGCUCAGUAUUAGAUUUUGUAAGUUAUUUUAGCUGUGCGUUUGAAAGUUACCAUUAUAUGUACGAUGGAAUGCAAUCGUGUACAAUUCUAACCAAUAAAAACACACUAGAACCUUA